UUUACCGAUUUAACAUUUUUUCCUUAUGCGACGGUUACCUUGUCAUUAUUAUUAUUAUUGUCAUAGUGCGAUCUACUAUUUUGUAAUACAAAGGAAAAAGACCAGAAAAGCGUGAUUAAAUAUGGAAGGAGGAGGAGGAGGAGGAGGAAGAGUCCCCAACUGCGAUCUACAGGUGCCAUUGACGACGAUCCACGAGAACAAUAUGGGUUUCAUCGUCCCCUUUGAAGACAACCAUGUCUUGAGCUUCUUGGCUUCUUCCUCUUCUCAGCCUCUCUCCUCUCCUCCUUGCCCGAUUGUCAGCUCUAACACCACUUCUCUAGGGUUCUCCAACAGCACCCAGAGUGGAGGCAUGGAUCCGAAGGCGGUAGAUGAUCACCGUGAGGAGAAUAGAGCUAGAAAUGGCAACGAUGGCCAUGCUUCCUGGUGGAGAAGUAGUGCGGCGGCUGCCGAGAAGAACAAAGCGAACAAGGUGAGGAGGAAGAUGAGGGAACCGAGGUUUUGUUUCCAGACAAGAAGCGAAGUUGACGUUCUCGACGACGGCUACAAAUGGCGCAAAUACGGUCAGAAAAUCGUCAAGAACAGCCUUCAUCCCCGGAGUUACUAUAGGUGCACGCACAGCAAUUGUCGGGUGAAGAAAAGAGUGGAGAGACUAUCUGAGGAUUGUCGAAUGGUCAUUACAACCUAUGAAGGCCGACACUGCCACUCCCCGUGCGAUGACUCAACUUCCUCUGAGCACGAAUGCCUUUCUUCCUUCUAAUUAAUCCUCUCUCUUUUAUAUAUGUACGUAUACCCAUAUAUAUAUAUAUAUAUAGAGAGAGAGAGAGAGAGAGACGUUAGAAACAUAUAUAUAUAUAUAUAUAUAGGACUUCUGUAUAUGUGUAAUUUUAUGUUUUGAUGCAUCUUUUUAAGGGAAUAUGCUGUAGCUCCACUGGUAUCGUUUUAUAUAUACAAGAACUUUGGUAAUA